CACCUAUCUUGCCCUCUGACCUUCCACAAACCUCUGAAGCGUCCCAGCCUCUCGCCGUGUGAUUCAGCUGCUGUACUGUCUCGUCUCGUCUCGUCUCGUCUCGCUACUUAACCUCAGCCUCCCCGAAUAUCUCGAGACUAAUGCUCGAGUUGUCUUGUGCUGCCCCUCUUCCACUCUGCUCCCAACUGUGUUUCCCUUACAAACUGCCAUCAUGACGGGCGCCAUCGCUACCCCUCGGUAUAGCAAUGACGACUUCGAGACAGCUUCAGUUCGUUCAGCUGCUCCUUCUUAUGUCUCGGAAGCUCCCUCAUAUCACUCAACAAACCCGUUUCCUGAAGCCCUGCCUUCAUACUCCCCUCCCGUUCGAAACCAUGCGGUCGUGAGAAGCUCCAUGAUUCCUUCCAGCAGCGGCACAUCCACUCCCACUGCGCGCCAACAGACUAUCGGUCUACCUCCAGUGCCCUCGGCUCCUUUGCGAUCCCAGCCGAAUUUGAACAAUUUCCGUAUUGCGACAUGGUCGUCUGUAUCCAGCAAUCCCGCCGCCCGACACUACCAGAACGUUGCCAACCGAAGAUUGACAGCGCAACGUGAUCCAGUAGACAGCAUUCGUCGCGUCAUGUCUGAUAUCGCCGAGCAGGAGCCAGAAAGAUAUGUGACCAGGCCUUUGGAGGAUCCCUACUUGGUCGGUGAGGUAGCUGCUUCUCGGGCCCGCCGAGAACGAGUUGCACGGGAGUCAGGGGAUGAUAUUUUAAUCCGAGAAGACCGCCAAUGGGACUGGUUCCUGGCUCGGAUGAAGGACUCGGACGAGCGGCAGAGAAGCUGGAAUUCUUUCCGCCGGGAACAGGAUGUUGGGAGCCGUAAGAAGCUCUUCCGUCGCAUGGGAGGACGGCGUUUGUUAUGAUUCUGUUUUAUGGAUUCUUCGAUUUCCUUUGUCGUCUUAUUCUUCCCUCUUCUGUCUGUGCUGGGUCGCUACUGCUGUGUCAGGGCUGGUUCUUGCUGAAGCAUGUUGUCGCAUUGUCUCAUGGCGUUAUGAUCUAGAUUGGGUUACUGAUAUGAGGCAUGUCAUAUGAUGAGUUCGCGGGUUAUCCAUAUGCAAACAGACUGAUGGCAUGAAACGGCUGUCAUGAGUCUAGUAUUCUCCUCUGUCACUCGCUUUCAAUCAUAGGGCUGCAUAGUGCUGGCUAAGCCUUGAUGGCAUCAGGUAGCUCGCACCUCGCAUGAAAUCAAACAAACAUUUCAGU